UGGCUUCCGACCUAGAUAUUUCCUCAAUCGACAGUUUUCCAUUUGAAGGACUCUAUGCACCAGAUGAUGUUCAUGAUGAUGAUGUACCCACCUCCUCUGCGACACCAGCUUCAACGAUUGGUCCAGAAUUUUGGAACCGCAUAUUCGACCAAGGCAAUCCGGAACAGCUGAGGAGAAUUGCCGCCAAACCAGUUGCUCAAAAUGUGACACUGGCUGAGUUGGACAUGAUGUCAGAGAUCACGCAACCGCCAAAGAAGAGGGAUGAUGAUACAACAGAUAAGAAAAAAGAAGAUUCGGACAACAAAGAAGAAAAAGAAAAGAAAAGUAAGUUUCUGUUAAUCAUCGUGACAGCAAUUUGCUUGGAGUGUACAAUGCCGAGGUAA